AUGAUCAACCAAGAUACCAUCUCCACGGCCCAGGCAGUUGAAGAAGUCACAGCGCUCACCACGGCGGUUGGAGAUGCCGAGUAUUCCACCUUGCAGAGACAUUCCAGUGCUGUAACUGGUUGCAUCAUUCGCGCCGCAAGACUUUUAACACCUGACCAGCAAUCAAAGUUAAUUGACUUUACUCAGCGUCUUCAAAGAGUCACCAUACCCCGCCCUCACGAUGGCGGGGUAUUGGCGCUCGGGGGAGGAGAUGAAGUUGAAGAGUUCUGGUCCGGCAUGCCCAUGCUCUCAUUACACUUGGCCGACUAUCACGCUGCAGUUCCUAGAUUUGGUACUCAGGAGGAGAAUGAUCGGUACUUUGAGAAUUGCACAGCCUUCGUUGCUCAGCUAUCCGAGGCCGGAUUUUUGAACUGGAAAGAGGAUCUCGGCUGGAGUUAUGGUGCCCUGACAAGCAUCCUCAAUGUGAACCGCAAUGUCAGAAAAAAGGACAUGCGGCUGGCCUGUAUAUGGCUCAUUUAUGCACCCGCAAAGCUUUGGCUCAAUAUUCAGCUGAACCAUACCCGUAAAUAUCUCAAUGUUGUUGAGAAAUUUACACCCGAGCACUGGCCUAAAUGGAAGCAGGUUUUGCAAGAUUGCCAGAACGCAUCAUCAGAGGAGUUUUCCGACAAGGAUACGCAAGAGCUGAUAAAGCGUGCUCUGGACAGUAUGGACAAAACUGAGGUAGAGCAGAAUAGCAGUAUCUAA